AUUAACGAGUACUGCGUGAUGACGCAAUGACGUACGUACGCCAGCCGGGGUCAAACGCGCGUUUUUUAAAAUGGAGAAGCGGGCGCUCAGUGGUUCAGCGAAAAGAAAACAAAAGAAACAAAAAGAAGCCAAAGAUGCUGCUUUAGUGCAGAAAAUAUCGUCCACCCUUAACCUUUUUCACCAGUAAACCGAGGCAAGAUGAUGGUACUCAAAACAGCGGAGCCAGGACGACACCUCACCGCUCAGACUACCAGCAGGAUGCUAACGCUGCUAGCUCAAGUUCACCGGAGACGGUUGGUCGUGGUGAAGCGGCACCGCCUCCUAUGGACACCGUCCGGACCAGAACUACGGCGGACAGCGGAGCCAGGUCAGCGGCAGCCUGAGCUACGUUCUAUCACAUCUUCAGUGGAGGAUGAGGCGGGAAUGACAGUCAACAUUUAAAAAAUGAACUUCGGACAAAAAUGAGCCAGAGACGCCUGAACAGUCUGUCACUCAUGGACAUAGAAGCCGAACUGGUCCGGGAGUUGGAGUUUGACAUUAUCCAGGACUUUUCAUCGAGGAAGGCCAGAAAAAGAUGAUGCAGAUGGAGCCAGUCCACAGAGUCAGCCACGUUGCAGAGCCAUGUUUCUACAGUAGCCCAGAAUGGACAAACUAGAAAUAGGGCCUUCCAUGUUUCUGAGGAGUUGGUGGAGACCAAAACAGAGGCUGGAUGGACGAGUAGCCCUGGCUGCACUUUCUCCACUAUCUGCCCAUCUCGUCUUUUGUCUCCCUCAUCGCUGGGAUCACACGAGGGGGGCCUGACUGAUCCCUGCUCACAUCAUCAUCAUCAUCAUCAUCACCUACCUUUUUUUUUUCUUUUCUUUUCUUUAAUUUUUAAUCGACUGAUCAUCUCUAAGACUUCGGGACUGUUUUGAUCUGCACAAACAUUUUCCUUCUCUCGAGCCUCUUGUGUGAUUCCCAUGCAAGUUCGCAGCUGAAAAAAGUAAAACUAUUUUUUAUUUUUUAUUUCUUUGGGCAUUUUUCGUUUCCUUGAGACUGAAGCUUCACCUCUGUGACAUCUGAUGGUUGUUUGUCCCGUGGAAUAUGAGUUAAUUUGGAGUUUCUAAGUUGCUCUCCACAUUUCUUUUGCCUCCAAACUCUUUGUCAAGUACGGGUUCUUAAGGAGGACUGACCGCCAACACCCGAGAAUAAAAAUGAUGCUGAGCCCGGAUCAGGCUGAAGCGGACCUCUCCUGGACUCAAUCCGACCCGGAGACGAUGCUCAACGGCCUCAAAUCGGCUGGCUGCACCUCGGACGAACCUGGUGAGGGCGAGGAAAGGGCCAAAUGUAAAUCCGACCAGCCCCUUAGCCGAGAGGAGAAAAGGAGGAGGCGAAGGGCCACGGCCAAGUAUCGCUCUGCCCACGCCACCAGAGAGAGGAUCCGGGUGGAGGCGUUCAACGUGGCCUUCGCUGAGCUGAGGAAAUUACUCCCCACCUUGCCUCCGGACAAGAAACUCUCCAAGAUCGAGAUCCUCAGACUGGCUAUAUGCUACAUCUCCUAUCUCAAUCACGUGUUGGAUGUCUAAAAAGUGACCCCCUUAUCCCAUCCCACCCUCUCCCCCAAUGAGACAGAAAUGUUUGGGUUGGUAGGUUUGGGCUCAAGCAGCAUGCUGGGCGUUAAUUGGGUAUGGCAAGGUUGGCAGUUAGGGUCGACUGAUGACGGGGAUUUUUUUUAAAGAUGGUGUCCAGAAUUUUUUAGAGCUACUUAAAAAUAAAAAUAAAAAAACAGAAGGGAAAAACUGCACCCACAAAGCGAAAUUGCAAAACCCCAAAACAGAAUGACCAGAAUAAUGUAUAUAAAUCCAUACUCAGUGCAGAAAUACCUCCUAAUUGGCUGAUAUCGGCUCUGUAGCCGAGGCUACCACAGACAGAUAUCGGUCUACCACCUGUGACAGUGGGCUCCCAUCUUGCUUUGACUUCUGGGACUUUAAUUAAAUCUUUGAGGUUUUAAUUACUAACUUGAAAUCAUUAAAAAAAAAAAAAAAAGAUUCAGCCUUCAGAGGGCCC